UCCAAGUUGCGUCCAAGCCUCGUUCUGCUUUCACUCUUACCAUCGUUCGUCUUCAUCCUCAACGCGCCGCUGCCAUGUCCUCGAACGACCGCGGAGGCAAGCCAGUGGACGAAUCCUCAAACUCGGCGCCGGCCAGGCCGUACCCGAUUUUCUGGUCACAGUUCCCGUCCGUCAAGAUUGUCCGCCAGGCGAAAGGCACGCACUCGCCGAAGGUAGACGAGCGCUGCUUCACCUACUGCUCCCAGAGCGUCCGCGGUCGCCUGGAACAGCGCGAGCCCUGGUGCCGGACCUUCUGUCUCCGCCGUGUCUUCGCGCACGAAGUCCAACGCGCCAUCGCCGCACACGAAGGCAAAUCCGCGCCCGCGCCAGCCCGAUACCCGCUCCCGCCAGAGGGCCAGCGCGUCCCGUCCCUGCUGUACAUCCUCAUUGGCGAGACGCAGGAGGGCCAGCAGGGCCACGCGCGGCAGCACGAUGACGUGCGGUAUUGGGAGGAGGGCUACUACGUCUGGCUCAGCAAGAGUCGCUGGGCGACGCAGGAGAAGCUCGACCUCAUGAUGCACAACAUCGAGCGUCAGGCGCAGUGGGACAAGUACAAGCAGGACAGGACCGACGCGUGGCAGCAGCAGCAACAGGAACAGGCGCGCGGCGGUCAACAACCCAAGGAGGACGCGCAAGUAGAUAAGAGUCGGGCACUGGUAUCGGCACGGAGACCGUUUCCCGACAUGAGUGGCCAGUCGAUCCUCCUGCCCAUGCCCCCACCCUUUGCCUCCAUCUGGGAGCAGAUUGACCGGCUGCUCGCGCCCUCAAACAAGUUGCUCACGCUCACGCACGAGACGCUGCACUCGGGCGACCAGCUCAAGUUCGCGGGCCGCAUCGUGGAGAAGGCGCAGACGGCGGAGCCGUUCGUGCUCGCGCGCAACGUCUGCACGCGGAUGUGGGACAAGUGGAAGAAGGGCCCGCCGGACGACACCGCGUAGUCGCGCGUAGACGAGGAAGAAGUGUAAGCUACAAUACGGCCGGGAUACGGACAUAUAGAGGUAUCGAUAUACAACAUAGAGCAGAGCGAUAAAUAAUGCGGAAGGUCGUGCAGGUCGAAUGUGGGUACGCUGUCAUGCCCGUCCACGAGGUCCCAUCUCAAUCAUAGCAAGUCAAAGUAAGCAGCAGCAAUCGCACAGCGUGAGAGUGAUCUUCCUCCUUCCUUCCUUCCCCCAUCCCCGUCGGGCCCGCCA